UGCGUUGCGUUGCGUCGUCGUCGUGUCCGUCGCCUCGUCGUCCGUCAAACGUUUUCUCUGUUUUUAUUGUCUCGUGUGUCUUGUUCUUUUUAUUUCCUAACAUUUUCAGUCUUUCGUCAUCGAAAAUGCUAUUCGUGUCUUGAAAUUAAAAUAUUCAAAACCAAAAAGCUGUGUUUUUGCAAUAAAAACAAUACCAAAAAUAAAACAACCCAAUUUAUUCAAUAUAACCUCAAAAAAAUACAAAAUCCUUAAGGACAAUAAAAAGUGUAUUCCAAUAUUUUAUAAUGAAACUUUUCUACAAUCGUUUAAAAUUCUCGUGACGCGUUUUUUAAGCAACAAAUUUAAGUGUUCUUAGGGUAAAGUGCAAUUAUUAUUAUAGAUCAGUGUUGGGUGAAUAAAUAAAAUUGUUUAUUAUUUUUGCUCUUCAAUUUAAAAAAAAAAUAGAAAAAUAGAAAAACCAAGAGCAAAAUAAAUCAAAUAAAAGUGCAAAGAAAAAUAAAUAAAGAGGGAGAAAAAGAUUUGAAUUUGUGUUAUCAUUGUCAUUGUGUAUUUUUGAGUCAACAACAAAAUUAUAGCAACAAAACAAAAUGCGGCGAAACGUCAAAUUAAUUGCAUUCGUUACUGUCAUCUGGAUGUUCGUAAUGGUCUACUAUCUCCAAUCAAAUACUGGCAAGGUGGAGAACAGAGCGCUGCGGCUUCGUGAAGUGGCAACAGCCCUCCAGUACCAGGACGAGAUCCAACCGUCGUCUACACCACUCAUGGCGCACCAGCGCAAUUACGGCGCCGAUAAGCCACAACAACAGCACAUUUUUCACCGCCAACAAAACGGCAUAGCAUCCGGUACCGGUGGUGGUGGUGGUGGUGGUAGUAGUGGUGGAACAGGAGCCGAACACCCACGGGUCGGUGGGUUGGGUUUGAAUGGAUUGAUGCCAGAGGAGACCUCGCCGUCAGGUGGCGGUGGUGGUGGUGCUGCUGGUGGUGGUGGUGGCUCAGAGUGGGAGUACUUUGAUGAGAUUGGAUAUAUUCGUGGUGGUGCCUUGAGGACCGGAGAAGAUCCAUACAUUCGGAAUCGCUUCAAUCAGGAGGCAAGUGAUGCAUUGCCGAGCAAUCGAGAGGUUCCCGACACCAGGCAUCCAAUGUGCCGUAAGAAAAAAUGGCGAAAGGAUCUGCCAGAGACAAGUGUCAUUAUAACAUUCCACAACGAAGCCCGUUCAACGCUAUUACGGACCAUAGUAAGUGUCCUUAAUCGAAGUCCCGAACGACUAAUAAAAGAAAUUAUCCUCGUAGAUGACUUUAGUGACCAUCCUGAGGAUGGUAACGAACUAGCCAAAAUCGACAAGGUGCGAAUAAUCCGUAACGAAAAACGCGAAGGUCUCGUCCGUUCACGAGUUCGUGGUGCUGAUGCCGCCAUAGCCGAUGUCCUUACAUUCCUCGACAGUCAUGUGGAGUGCAAUGAGAAUUGGUUGGAACCACUGUUGGAGAGAGUGGCUGAAGAUCCGACACGUGUCGUUUGCCCAGUCAUCGAUGUCAUCAGCAUGGACAAUUUUCAAUACAUUGGUGCUUCGGCAGAUUUACGUGGAGGUUUCGACUGGAAUCUCAUAUUCAAAUGGGAGUAUUUGAGUGCAUCGGAACGAGCCCAACGCCAACACGACCCAACUUCGGCAAUUCGAACGCCCAUGAUUGCUGGCGGUCUGUUUGUCAUCAACAAGUCCUACUUCAAUAGCUUGGGCAAAUACGACAUGAAAAUGGACGUCUGGGGUGGUGAGAAUCUUGAGAUUUCGUUCCGAGUGUGGCAGUGUGGAGGCAGUUUGGAAAUCAUUCCAUGCAGCAGGGUUGGUCAUGUGUUCCGCAAACGACAUCCGUACACAUUCCCCGGAGGAAGUGGCAAUGUAUUUGCUCGUAAUACCCGACGGGCUGCAGAGGUUUGGAUGGAUGACUAUAAGCAAUACUACUACGCUGCGGUUCCACUGGCCAAGAAUAUUCCCUUCGGCAACAUUGCUGACCGACUGGCUCUUAAGGAAAAACUCCAUUGUAAACCUUUUAAGUGGUACUUGGAGCACGUGUACCCCGAUCUGCAGGUUCCAGACUCACAGCAAUAUGGUCAACUGCGACAAGGUCCUUACUGUUUGGAUACCUUGGGUCACCUGAUGGACGGCACCGUAGGUAUCUAUCAGUGUCACAACACAGGUGGCAAUCAAGAGUGGACACUCACGAAGCGGGGUCAAAUCAAACAUCACGACCUCUGUCUGACACUGGUUAACUUUGCCCGAGGCUCCCAGGUGGUAAUGAAGCUUUGCGAUGAGUCCGAGAACCAAAUAUGGACUAUGCGUGACGGCGGCUUCAUCAAGCACUCCAAAAUGAACAUCUGCCUAGAUACGCGAGAUGUGCAUGACAUGGAUGGCAUAUCUGCAGAACGCUGCAAUUCCGCGCUCGACACACAACGAUGGGCGUUUGUGACGAAAUUAGCGUGAGUCAAGGGAUAAACAAGAAAAUGAAAUUAAUUUUUUGUUUCCUUCUCGUUUGAUGAUGAAGUCCUUUCCACCCAUCACAAAAAGGAUCUCGGAUGGGUGGUGAAAAGUUUUAUCCAAUAAGACAAACAACAAAAAUCCUUCGAGAUGAGAUUGGAAAUGAAAUUAAAUGGGAAAAAAUGUGUGUGCUUGAUGCGGGUGUUCGGACGGCGGCGGUGGUGAUGGUGACAUCUGAUCUAGGAGGAUGUCCUCUGAAGGCCUGCGUAGUGUGUGUGUGUGUUUUGUGUCCUGGAUUUUUCUUUUCUCUUUUUUGUUAAUGUGUUUGGUCUUUGUUUCUGUUUUUUUUUUUUGUUUUUAUCUAUUUAAUUGAAUACGGUGGAAUAUUGAAUUUCCAUAAUUUUUCUUUCUCGAUGGUUUUUAUUAAUAAACCGAAAUAGGGGACAUGCAACAUCAGGUUGUUAUUAUUAAAUUUUUUGAGGAGAAAGUUUUUGUUUUUCCAUUUUUUUUGUUUUUAUUCUGAUUCAUGUAUUUGCAAGGAUAUUUUUGUUUUCUUUGUAAAUUAAAGGAGAAAGUUUUUGAAACUUUGUUCCGUUUUUUUUUUCGUUAAAAAUGCAUUGUGACUUAAAAAUUGUUAUAAAUUAUAAAACUAUUGAUUUUUUUAAAUUAUUUGGUAUAAAUAAUGAAGCGUUGAAGAACUUUAAGUUAUUUAAGAGAAAGUUUUUUUUGUUUCUUUUACUUGAUCAGAAGUGAGAAUUUUUAAUUUAGAAUGGCUUUGAGCUUAUUGGAAAAUAUAGUUAUAGAUGAUUCCGUGAUGUAUGUACUUAUUUGAGGAUAAAUUAUUUAAACAAAAAAAAAUAUAUUUAAAAAAUAAAUUAAUUAAAUAAACUUGUAAAUAUGUAGUAAAUGUUAAUUGUAUAAAAUGAUUUUUUUUAAAUAAACUUGAAAACAAAAAAAUCUUAACAGAGGAAUUUAGGGGUUGGUCUUAAAUUUUAAAUUUUAAAUAAAAUAGUUUUUAUAGUUAUGCUGACUAAUUUCUCGAAAAAAAUGUCUACAAAUUAAAUUGAAUUUUUCUUAAUCCCAGGAAUUUUAUUACAAUAUUUCUCCUUGAAUACCUAAAUCAUAAAUCUCGAACUACAAAAAUCUCAACCUCCAAACUGUCAGUCGUCCAAUUAUUUUCUAGAUUCGCCAAAAAAUUAAUUUUAUAAUAAAUCUUCUAAAGAAUGGAACCCAUUUAAUAAUUACGAAUAAGAUGUUUUGAUUUGUGACAGUAAAUUGUCAGCUGUCAAAUUAUUUAAAAAAAAUAGUUUCGAACGAUUAAAGUGGGUUCAUAAUGUGAAUAACUAAUUUUUGACAUAUCGUUUGGGAUGAAAAGUUCGUGAACUGUCAGCUGUCAAAUUUGCUAGGGUUGUCAGGAGUUAAAUACACUAAUACUAAUUUCAUAAUACAGCUUCUAAUGAAAGAUAUUGCAAUGUUAAAAGGUCGUAAGCUUCAAGCUGUCAAUUAAUUUUUAUGGUUGUCAAUACUUAAACCCACAUAAAAAGACAUAGUUAAUUUUAUAAAACAGCUUUUAACAGUUGAAAUGCGUUUAUAGAUAUUUUGGCUAACAAAUUUUUGGCAUAACAAUUAGGUUAAAAAGUUCUUAAACUGUCAGCUGUCAAAUUAAUUACUAGGAUUGUCAAGACUUGAAUACGUAAACAAUUAAUUAAAAAAAUAUAGUUUCUAACGAUUGAAGUUCGUUCAUAAGGUGAAUAACCCAUUUUUGACCAAACCAUGAAAAUUUCGUAAAUUUGAGCUGUCGAAAUUAUUUCUAGGAUUUUCCAUACUUAAAUAUAGCUUUUAAUAAUUGAAUUGCGUUUAAAAUUGGGUUAAAAAGUUCUUACACUGUAAACUGUCAAAUGAUUAUCUAGGGUUGUAAAAACUUGAAUACGUAAACAAUUGAUUAAACAAAAAAACAGUUUCCAAAGAUUUAAGUUUGUUAAUAGUGUGACUGAACCAUUUUUGACAAAACGCUUGCGGUGAAGAAUUCGUAAAUUGUGAUCUGUCAAAUUUAUUUCUAGGACUGUCCAUACUUAAAUACACAAAUAAUAAAUUUUAUUAAACAGAUUCAUGCGAUUAGUUAGAAUGACUAAUUUUAGACAUAUCCUUCGGGAUGAAAAGUUCCUUAAGUAUUAGCUGUCAAAUUAUUGUCUAGGGCUGUCAUUACUUAAAUACAAAAAUAAAUUUACAAACAAAUUUUUCACAUCAUAGUUAAGUUGAAAUGUUAGUAAACUCUCAGCUGUCAAAUUAUUUUCCAGGGUUAUCAAGAAUAAAAUACUAAAAAUAAUUAAUUGCUAAAUAACAGUUUCUCACGAAGUACGCUUAAAGUUUGACUAGUGAAUAUUUGACAUAAAGUUUGGGAUGAAAAGUUCGUUAACAGCAGUUGUCAAAUUAUUUUUUAGUUUUGUAAAGACUUAUAUACACAAACACAAAUAAUUUAUUGAAAAAAAGAAACAGUUACUUAGGAUUGAAUGCCUUAAUAGGUUGACUGAUGAAUUUUUGACAUUAAGUUUGUGGUGAAAAGUUCGUAACUGUCAACAUAACAUUCAUAACAAACUUUUGCCAACUACAAACAAAUCUCGACCUUCAAACUAUCUCGAAGUUCUCACCUGUCAAAUUAUUGUCUAGUGUUGCCAAAACUUAAAUACACAAAUUAUUAAUUUAAAAAAAAUUAUUUUAAAUGAUUGAAGUACGAUUAACUUGACUUACAAAUUGUUUGACAUAUCGUUUUUGCUGAAAAGUUCGUAUGCUGACAGAUAGAUGGCGCUACUAGUAUUAAAAUUUUGUGUAUAAAUUUGACAUAUAGCAUUUUGAGCGGAGCGAGAUAGUUGAUAAUAUCCUCUAUCUUAUUAGUAACUUCUUGUCUUAGGAAGCUCUCGUAAAAUUAAGUCCUCGCAUAUUAUAUCCAUCGGGGUUGUUUUUUAGUGUUCGCUAAGGAAACAUUUCAAAUUAAGGGCAAGCUUGGCUUAAAGCCACCAAGAAAGGUGACCAUCAGCUCAAUCAACUUUUAAAUUUAUAAGGGUGAGUUGUAUCUCUUAUUCGAAGGAUUUAACGUUUAGAAGUUUUGUUGAAAAAUCGAAAUUUUCAUCUUUUUGAUUGAACUUCUUGAAUCAGAUGUUAUGUCAAAUGUUGUCUACUUUAUUCACAUUUUAAAUAAACUAUGAUAGCUGUCACUUUUGAGACUGUAACCGUGAGAUAUUUGACAAGAUAGAGCUACGACAUUAUUUAAAAUGUAUCAAAACACACUUUCGUCGUGAAAAAGCCGUAUGGAAAUUGGACUUACAUUGGUUUUGACAUUUUUGACAAACACCCAUUGAUUUGUAUUUUCAUUAGUAUUUCAAAAUAAAACCUCUUAUUAGAAAACAUUGUAUUUUAAAUGAAGGAAAAUAUCAUUAAUUUUUUAUAAUGGACUGAAAAAUUUAGAAUUCUAGAAAGGUGUAAAAAUAAGGUUUUUGAAAAUGCAACAACUUUUAAUUGCUGACCUCUAAAUUCCACUUAAAACAAUAAUUUAUCAUAAUUUGCUGUCAUUACUUAAACUAUACAAAAUCAAUCUCAACUUUGUACUUACAUAAUUAUAUUAUUAUUAUAUCUGGCCAAAAUAAAUCCGAAAACAAAAAUGAAGCCCAAAAUCAAAGCAAAACUUUAAGAAAAAAAUAAAAUCAUUUAAAAGCUUACAUCUUAACAAAAAAAAAAAUUAAACAUAUACAAUUCCAGAAUAUCUUUAAGAAAGCUAAUUGUUAAUUAUAUAGAAUACAAAAUUUUUAAAAUAAAUUUCAAAAACAAAA